CACCAAAGUCCUUCACCUUGCAUCACCAAAGCAGACGCCCUUUGAUAAGAAAUCGCCCACCUCUCUUAUCAACCCUGGCCUAUCAUCGCUGCUAAUGAUCAAUAAUACAAUGAACUGCCAGGGAGUUAACAGUGCAAAUUUUCUUAUCUGCAAAAUAUAUUUAGUCAGCCUGCAGCUUACGGAUUCACGAGAAGUCAAAUCCCCGCGCUCUCCUUCAAAAUUUAAUAAGAAUAUUUCAUAUAUUUUUUAUCUAAAUGUUAAAAAACCUGCAAUUUAUCCGGCGCAAACGGGAAGAAUUUUUGCCAGGCUCGCCGCCGCCAGUGGCAAUGAACGCCGAUCAUGAGUCAGAGAAAAGUGCCUCCGCUUCGAUCCAAGACACUGAGACGUGGGAGAAGAACAAGAAGUUCACCGUGUACAAGGUUGCGGUGAGAAAAGGCAAUGCCAGUUGGUUCAUUUUUCGCCGAUACAACGAGUUCUCAAAGUUAUGUGAAAUAGCCAAGAAACAGGCACCUCAUUUACAAUUGAAAAUGCCAGGAAAAAAGUUUUUCGGCAACAAUAUGGAGCCAAAAUUAGUGGAGGCGCGGAGAGAGGCUUUGGAUGAUUUCAUUCAAAAAGUGAUGAACGACGAGCGACUCAUGCACACUCGUGAGGUGCGAGACUUUUUCCAACUCGAUCAAAAGCAUGUAGAAGAUUUGGUGACCUCGGAGGACCUCAUGAGCACCGAUGACUGUGAUUCUGGCAAGGGCUCAACCAAGGGCAGCAAUAGCAGUGGCGGAAGCUGCGAAAUGGAAAAAGCUCCGACCCCUUUGAAUUUGGGACCAACUGAGCGCCGACAUGUCAAACCGUCCCACUUUGAGUUUCUGAAGGUGAUUGGAAAAGGUAGUUUCGGGAAAGUUCUGCUGGCCAAGCACAAGGAGGAGCAAACAUUCCACGCAGUCAAAGUUUUGCAAAAGACUUUGAUUGUGAAAAGGAACGAAACCAAGCACAUCAUGUCUGAGCGCAACGUCUUGCUGCAGAACAUUAAGCACCCAUUCCUAGUCGGUCUGCACUACAGUUUCCAAACCACAGACAAAUUAUACUUUGUUCUCGACUACAUCAACGGAGGAGAGCUUUUCUUUCACCUUCAAAAAGAGAGAACGUUUUCUGAGUCGAGGGCCAGAUUUUAUUCGGCAGAAAUUUCGUCCGCCUUGGGUUACCUGCACAGCCGGCAAAUCAUAUACCGUGACCUGAAACCGGAAAACCUUCUUUUGGACAAGGAUGGUCACGUGGUUCUGACCGAUUUUGGUUUGUGCAAGGAGGGCCUUAGAGAAUCAGACACAACAGACACAUUUUGCGGAACGCCUGAGUAUUUGGCACCCGAAGUUAUAAAAAAAUUGGCCUACGACCGAUCAGUGGAUUGGUGGUGUUUGGGAGCCGUCCUCUAUGAAAUGCUCUACGGCCUGCCUCCUUUCUACAGCAGAAAUACUUCUGAAAUGUAUCACAACAUUUUGCACAAGCCCUUAAAACUGCGCACCACUGUGUCGGACAAUGCUAGGGACAUUUUAGCCAGAUUGUUGCAAAAAGAGCCGCAGAAUAGGCUUGGAGGCGGCAAAGCCGACGUCCAAGACAUCAUCAAGCACCCGUUCUACAAAAGCAUCAACUGGGAUGAUCUGCUUAACAAAAAAAUCCCACCCCCAUUCAACCCCAACGUGAAAGGGUCCAUGGAUCUGAAGAAUAUCGACCCCGAGUUUACCAAAGAGCCAGUGUCAUCGUCGGUCGGGCGAUCGCAGAAUGGAGCUGUACUGUCCGCCAGUGUCAAAGAAGCAGACUCUGCUUUUGAAGGGUUUUCGUACGCACCACCCCUUGAAGAAUUCUAAACCACGCCACGGAAACAUCUAGCUCUCUAUUACGCAGCGCCGCUCAAAUUAAGUUAGCAAGUUAAUCUUAAUUGCUGAUAAAAUCUACCCACAAGGCUUGUUAACCCUUUAUUAACAUUUCCUUUUGUAUUUAUGUAACAUUUUUUUUUAAACAGAUACCAAUGUGAUGAGACCACUCAAAAUUAAAAAUUUGGUCAAUUUUAUUCUAACUCCAAUGUUAAAUUAAAAGUUACAAAUGAAUUCAUCGCGCCAUUUUUAAGUAAAUCUAGUUAGUUCCUGUUGACUGUUCAAAAACUUAGGAAUGACACUUUGAUGAAAAUGAAUACCGAAGUCUGCAAUUUUGUAUUUUUAAGUUUUUAACCGAUUUUGUAUUGAAAGUUUGUAAAUAUUAUACCUCAUUUAAAAAGUCUUUAUCUCAAAAGCACAUCGCCUUGUGUUAAAUUAUUGUUAAAUUAAAUAAUCCGUUUUCAAUAUUAAAACA